AUGGAGGAAGACAAGAACAAAAAGCUACUACCAUUUGAUGAUUUCUUUUCAAAAGGAGGCAGUCAAAUACUUGCAUUCUUUUAUCAAGAAGCAGAACCACCGAUAAUAGAAACUGGCCGAAUUAUUGCUGGAGUUGCUAAAGGGUCAAAAAUGAUGCGAUUAUUUCAGGGGAAAUUAUCGGAUGUAUCCAUUGACGGUCUAUGUUUGUUUUUUGUACGAUACCAAAAUGAUGUUCUUCUCACGGAAAGGAAUAUAUAUGAGGAAACAUUCUUUGGCGUUUUGGAUUGUACUGAUGGAAUACUCAAUGGUACUGUGACUAUGAUAGAAAAUAUUUUCUUACCAGCUAUUUCUGCAUCUAGAAAUUGGGGAGCACUUAACCAAUAUAUACAUGGGGAGAGAGAGAAGAAAGCCUUCAAAGAUACUAUUAACAGUUACGUCACUUUCUUAAAAGGUACUAAAAUAAGCCUGGAAAAAUCUGUUGUGUUGAAGAGUGAAAUGGUUGACCUUACUCAGCUACGCUCAUUUGAGCAAGUGAAAGCUGCAUCAUCCAAUCCCGAAAUUAUAUUACAGCUUGAAAAUCUGCUUCUUCAAUGGCACAAUCAAUUGGAGCAGGUGCUGGAACAAAGUAAUCAAGUCCGAAAAGAGGCGGAAAAUUCAGGUCCAUUGACUGAACUGGAAUACUGGAAAUGUAUGUCUGCGAAAUUCAAUUCCAUCAUAGAGCAACUUAGAGGAACCAGUUGCAAGUCCGUGAUCAAUGUUUUAAAAGCAAGUUCUUCAAAAAUGUUAAAGAUGUGGUUAGAGUUAGAUUCUCAAAUCACUGAUGCAGCUAAUGGAGCAAAAGACAAUGUGAAAUUUCUGCAAGCAUUGGAGAAGGUCUGUAAGCCCCUUUACAAUUCUGAUCCAGUGACUAUGACAAAAGGUGUUCCAAAUUUGAUAAAUGCAAUUCAAAUGAUCCACAAUGUGUCAAGGUACUAUAACACCUCACAACAGAUGACUUCCCUCUUUAUAAAGGUCACAAACCAAAUGGUUACAGCCUGCAAAGAGUAUAUAACUGAUGGUGGUGCUGUUCAUGUAUGGGAUCAGGAUUCUCAUGUCAUUUUUAAAAGAAUGGAGGAAUGUAAAGCAUUGUUAGAAGAAUAUCGUAUGUAUUUCCAGAAAACCAAACAAAAGACCAUUGAAACUGAACGUGACAGUUCUUUUGAUGUGUCGGAAAUGUAUAUUUUUGGUAAACUUGAGGUCUUUUGCAAAAGACUAGGAAAAAUCACAAAAAUAGUUGAAAUAUUGAAGACCUUCUCUGUAUUGAAGAGUUCUUCAAUUGAGGGAAUAGAGAUUCUUGCAAUCAAAUUCCAGAAUAUAUUUUUGAAUCUUAAAAAAAGUAAUUAUGAUAUUUUGGACUCUCGAAGGAAGGAAUUCAAUGCUGACUAUGCUACAUUCGCGAAACAGAUCUUUGAUUUAGAGAACUUACUUGAUGACUUCAUGAAUAAUAGUUUUACAAACAUUAUUUCUUCACGGCAUGCUUUGCAGCUUCUGCAGAGAUUUCAGAAUUUGAAUAUUCCAUCCCUUGAGUCAGAAAUUGAAACAACAAUUGAACGGAUCCUUCGACACUAUGCUAACGAGUUAAUGUUCAUUAAAAAGCAUUAUCUCGCCUUUAAAGACAACCCACCUCUUGCAAGAGACAUGCCUCCUGUUGCUGGAAAGAUACUGUGGUCAAGACAACUCUUCAGACAUAUAUUUGAUCCCAUUGACUAUUUCUAUAAAAAUUCAGACAUUUUAAACAACCCUCAGGGCAUGUCCAUUGUGCGAGUAUAUAACAAAAUUGCCUAUGUAUUGGUCAUGUUUGAAGUAUUACUUCACAAAAUGUGGACCAAAAAAACAUCAGCAAUUCAAUAUGUCCUCAACGGAACUCUUUUGAUACGGGAUCCGGAUUCUGGAAGUAUGCAGUCAAACUUUGAUCAUAGAGUUAUUGAACUACUUCGAGAGUCCAAAUGUAUAUUAAAGAUGGGCCUGGAUGUGCCAGAACCAGCUAAACGUUUGCUAAAGUCUGAGAAUCUGUUGAAAUCUAACAAUGAUCGUUUAGAGGCUCUUCUUCAUAAAUUUGGGAGGUUGCGCCAACAAAUGCCUUCUGAGUACGUGGCAUUGAUAACUCCAAAAAUUACUAAGAUUGAAACUAUCCUGAGACAAGGUGUUACUUUUCUGAACUGGUCAUCCUUAACACUCAAGCAGUUCUUCUCUGACAUGGAUGCAGCCAUAAAUGACUUGAUUGCAUUACUUAAGAUAAUAAGUGAUUUACGAGAAAAGCACAUAGAUGAGGUAAUGGCAGAAAUAGGCCAAACAAUUAUAGUUAGACUACCAGAGGAUCAGGCCUUAACUUUGGAAGAAAUGCUUACCUACAGUGAGGUAUUUAUGGACAGUAAUCCCAGUCUGUAUGAACUACGGGCUAAAAUUGAGCACUAUGCUACUAUUCAGCAAGAAAUUGAGGAAAUCAGCUCCACCAUUGCGGUAGAUUUUAUUGAACUGAAUACAGAAGCAAUGAAAAUUGCACUUACAGUGGAAGCUAAAGGUUGGAAAAUUGUGCUCAGUCGUUUCCUGAAUGAACAAUAUAAGGGAAAAAUGACAGCAAUAUCAACAUUUAUCAGUGAACAAAUGAAGAAUAUGGCACGACCUAUUCAGGACCUGGAUGAUGUUAGGUUUGCCAUGGAGUCUUUAGCAGAAAUACGGAAAAAUGAGAUACAGAUGGAUAUGACGUUGGGACCCAUUGAGGAAGCAUAUAAUAUCUUGAUUAAGUAUGAAGUGGAAAUUUCAAAGGAAGAAGCAGAAGGAGCUGACACACUUCGAUAUUUUUUUAACAAAAUGCAAGUUAAAGCUAGAAAUGUACAAGAUGACUUGGUGCAGGUCCAACCCAAGUUUAAGGCAGGCCUGCUGGAAUCAGUUGAAGUUUUCCAGAAGGAAGUGCUCAAAUAUGGACGACUAUAUGAAAGGGAAGGUCCAAUGGUUGCUGGUAUUGCGCCUGUGGAAGCCAGCACAAGAUUACAGAUCUUUCAGACUUGGUUUGAUGACUUAUGGAGGAAGUUUGUGACAUAUUCUUCUGGGGAACGUUUAUUUGGAUUGCCUAUCCAGGAUUAUGAGAUAUUGCAAAAAAAUAAGAAGGAACUAAACCUUCUGCAGAAAUUGUAUGGUCUGUAUGAUGCAGUGAUGAAUAAUAUUAAUGGUUACUAUGAUUUACUGUGGGUGGAAGUGGACAUUGAGAAGAUUAACGCUGAACUCUUGGACUUUCAGAAUAGGUGUCGUAGGUUACCAAAAGCCUUAAAGGAAUGGCAAGCAUUUAUGGAUCUCAAGAAGAAAAUCGAUGAUUUCAGUGAGUCAUGUCCUCUCCUUGAAAUGAUGGCCAGCAAAUCAAUACAACCAAGACAUUGGCAACGGAUAUCUGCAGUGACAGGGCACACAUUUAAUGUGACAUCGGAAGCAUUCUCUCUGAAACAUGUUAUGGAGGCUCCACUGCUUCCGUUUAAGGAUGACAUUGAGGAUAUCUGCAUAUCCUCCGUGAAAGAAAAGGAUAUUGAGGCAAAAUUGACUCAGGUGAUGCAGACUUGGGUCAGUCAAACCUUGAGUUUUUCCACAUUUAAGAGCAGAGGAGAGCUAUUGUUGAAAGGACUGGAGACAGCAGAAAUCAUAACAAUGAUGGAGGACAGUUUAAUGAUCCUGAAUUCUUUACUCAGCAACAGGUAUAAUGCUUACUACAAGAAGGAUAUUCAAACCUGGGUUCACAAUCUAACAGCAUGCACAACUAUAAUAGAACAGUGGCUUUUAGUUCAAAAUCUGUGGAUUUACCUAGAGGCAGUCUUUGUAGGAGGAGAUAUUGCCAAACAACUACCACAGGAAGCAAAACGUUUUCAAAAUGUUGAUAAAUCAUGGAUAAAAAUUAUGCAACGAGCUCAUGAAAUUCCAGGAGUGGUCCAGUGCUGUGUAGGAGAUGACAUUAUGGGACAGCUUCUGCCUCAUUUACAGGAGCAACUGGAAGUCUGCCAGAAAUCACUAACAGGAUACCUGGAAAAAAAACGAUUGCUAUUUCCACGAUUUUUUUUUGUUUCUGAUCCAGCAUUAUUGGAAAUCCUUGGACAGGCCAGUGAUUCGCACACCAUUCAGGCCCACUUAGCAGGAAUAUUUGAUAAUGUAAAUAAAGUGGAAUUCCAUCCAAAGGAUUAUGAUCGCAUAUUGUCUGUUAUUUCCAGGGAGGAAGAACAAAUUCAAUUGAUUGCCCCCGUGAUUGCUAAGGGCCCUGUGGAAUUAUGGUUAAGUGACUUAUUGCGUAUGCAGCAAUUGUCAUUGCACACUGUAAUCAAAUUAGCAUACUACAGCUUCAGUGAACCAGACUUCCACCUAAUAUCUUUCCUUUAUGAAGCUCCUGGCCAGGUGGGAAUUCUAGCUAUCCAGAUACUGUGGACACGGGACUCAGAGGAUGCAAUCAAAGGUUCAAAAGACAGUAAAAAGAUCAUGCAAACAACUAAUCAAAAGUUCCUGGAGCUGUUGAACGUGUUGAUCGGUCAAACAACUCACGACCUGACUAAGUUUCAAAGAAUCCAGUUUGAAACUCUUGUCACCAUUCAUGUUCACCAGAGGGACAUCUUUGAUGAAUUGGUAAAAAUGCAUAUCAGAGCAGUGACUGACUUUGAGUGGCUGAAACAAUGCCGUUAUUUCAGAGAAGAAACACAAGAUAUAAGAGUUGGGAUUACUGAUACGGAAUUUAUCUAUCAAAAUGAAUUGGGUUGCACUGAACGACUAGUUAUCACACCUUUGACAGACAGGCUGCAGCGAGUACAUUCACCGUGCGUUCGGACAAUCCGAGCCCCAGGAAAAGUCUUCUCAGAUUCUGUGAACCAACAAUUUAAUUUGGUCAUGAUGAAACCACCCUGUCUAGACGAAGCUUCUGCAAUGUCGACGCGUUGCGCUGAAACCAGCGCCAUGAGCAUAACCACUUUCAGAGUUCAUUAUGAUUUCGGCUUAAGAAAUAUUCUUUCUGUGUUGAGAACAUUGGGAGCUCAGAAGAGAGCACGACCUGAAGACAGUGAGUCAACAAUUGUCAUGAGAGUUCUGAGAGACAUGAAUCUGUCUAAAUUGGUGGAUGAAGAUGAACCCCUCUUCCUUAGUCUGAUCAGUGACUUGUUCCCUGGUAUACAAUUGGAUAGUAGUACCUAUGUGGAACUACAGGGAGCUGUUGUUAAUCAGGUGGAAAUUGCAGGAUUAGUUAAUCACCCACCAUGGAAUCUUAAACUUGUUCAGCUAUAUGAAACAGCCAGAGUUCGUCAUGGGCUAAUGACACUGGGUCCCAGUGGUUCUGGAAAGACUUGCGUCAUUCGUAUCCUCAUGCGAGCAAUGACUGAAUGUGGAGCCCCUCAUCGGGAGAUGAGAAUGAAUCCUAAGGCUAUUACAGCUCCACAGAUGUUUGGGCGAUUGGAUACAGCAACUAAUGACUGGACUGAUGGAAUCUUCUCAACUCUUUGGAGAAAAUCCAUUAAAGCAAAAAAAGGUGAGAAUAUCUGGAUUGUUCUAGAUGGCCCAGUAGAUGCUAUUUGGAUUGAAAAUUUAAAUUCCGUAUUGGAUGACAAUAAGACCUUAACUUUGGCUAAUGGUGACCGUAUUCCAAUGGCGCCUUCUUGCAAACUAUUGUUUGAAGUACACAACAUUGAGAAUGCAUCUCCAGCCACGGUAUCCAGAAUGGGGAUGGUCUAUAUAAGUUCUUCUACUCUCAACUGGAAGCCAAUUUUGAAGGCCUGGUUAAAUAAACGUCUUCCGCGAGAAGCUGAAAUUCUACAAGCCCUGUAUAAUAAAGCCUUUGAAGAUAGUUAUACCUACAUGAAAAUAAAUCUGAACCCAGUAAUGGACCUGCUGGAGUGUAACUACAUUAAACAGUCACUUACACUAUUGGAUGGAUUAAUGCCCUCAACUGAAGAUGGAGGACUUUCUAAUGAAUUGCAACUUAAGCGGCUCUUUGUAUUUGUACUGAUGUGGAGUGUUGGUUCCUUGUUGGAGCUCGAAGACAGAAUUAAACUCGAACAAUUCCUCCAAGAGCACAUGAGUAGACUUGACCUGCCAAAGAUUCCUGCAGAUAGCAACCUUACUAUGUUUGAGUUUCUUGUUAAUAACACAGGUGAAUGGGAGAACUGGCAAUUUUGGGUUCAAGAGUAUAUGUACCCAACCGACAGUGAGCCAGACUAUACUUCCAUUCUUGUCCCAAAUGUUGACAAUGUUAGGACCAAUUUUCUUGUGGAUGUCAUAGCUAAACAAUUUAAGGCUGUACUUCUGACUGGUGAACAGGGCACAGCAAAAACAGUCAUGAUUAAAGGAUAUUUGAAGAAAUAUGAUCCUGAGGAACACCUGUCCAAGAGUUUGAAUUUUUCUUCUGCAACAGAACCCUGCAUGUUUCAGAGAACUGUUGAAAGUUAUGUGGAAAAACGUGUGGGAAGUACCUAUGGACCUCCAAGUGGACGCAAAAUGACUGUAUUCAUUGAUGAUAUCAACAUGCCAAUUAUUAAUGAAUGGGGAGAUCAGAUUACUAAUGAAAUAGUACGUCAAAUGGUUGAAUCACAAGGAAUGUACAACCUAGACAAACCUGGAGAUUUUACUAAAAUAAUUGAUGUGCAAUUAAUGGCUGCAAUGAUCCAUCCCGGGGGUGGGCGCAAUGACAUCCCUCAACGGUUAAAACGCCAGUUCACUAUCUUCAACUGUACACUCCCUACUAAUGCUUCAAUUGACAAAAUCUUCGGAAUUAUUGGAAGUGGAUACUUUCACCCGGCCAGAUAUUUUGUACCUGAGGUCUAUGAUUUAAUAUCAAAACUUGUCAUCGCAGGCAGGAUCCUCUGGCAAUGGACAAAGGUAAAAAUGCUACCUACUCCAGCUAAAUUUCAUUACAUCUUCAACCUGAGGGACCUUUCUCGCAUCUGGCAGGGAAUGCUGACCAUUAAAGCAGAUGAAUGUGACACGGAAGAGAUACUGCUGGCUUUGUUCAAACAUGAAUGCAUCAGGGUCAUUUCAGACAGAUUUAUAACUGAAGAGGAUAAACAAUGGUUUGAAGAUGCAAUCAUGCGUACAAUUGAAACAAACAUUGGAAGAGAAUCAGCAGGAAAGCUGCAUGAAGAGCCAUACUUUGUGGAUUUCCUUCGUGAAAUGCCAGAACCAACUGGUGAAGAACCUGAAGAUUAUGUAUUUAUUGUUCCAAAAGUCUAUGAACUGGUUCCGAGCUAUGAAUUCCUGACUGAUAAAUUACAGUUUUAUCAAGCACAACAUAAUGAAGGUGUGCGAUCAGGAUAUCUUGAUCUUGUCUUCUUUAAAGAUGCAAUGAUACAUCUGGUUAAGGUGUCUCGUAUAAUCCGAACCAAUUGUGGAAAUGCAUUGCUGGUUGGAGUUGGUGGUUCUGGAAAACAAUGCCUUACAAAAUUGGCAUCUUUCAUUGCUGGUUAUAAAAUUUUUCAGAUCACUUUAACAAGAGCAUAUAAUGCUGGCAACCUGAUGGAUGACUUGAAGAUACUGUACAGAAUAGCUGGAGCAGACGGGAAGGGCAUCACUUUCAUAUUCACCGAUAAUGACAUCAAGGAAGAGUCUUUUCUUGAGUAUCUCAACAAUGUUCUUUCUUCUGGAGAGGUAUCAAACUUAUUUGCUCGGGAUGAACUUGAUGAGAUUACUCAAUCGCUGAUUGCACCAAUGAAAAAAGAAGCACCUCGGAUCCCACCAACUUUUGACAAUUUAUAUGAAUAUUUUAUACGAAGAGCCAGAACAAAUCUACAUGUUGUUCUCUGCUUCUCUCCGGUUGGUGAAAAGUUUCGAUCUCGAGCCCUGAAGUUUCCUGGCCUGAUUUCAGGUUGCACAAUGGACUGGUUCAGUCAUUGGCCUAGAGAGGCAUUGGUUGCAGUCUCCACCUAUUUUCUUUCUGAUUUUCUCAUUGUUUGCUCAGAGGAGGUUAAAAACCAGCUGGUGCAAACAAUGAGUGAAUUUCAUGACAGGGUCUUUCAAACCUGUGAAGAUUAUUUUCAGAGAUAUCGGCGUAGAGCACAUAUAACCCCCAAAACGUAUCUCGCCUUUAUAAAUAGCUACAAAAGUGUUUACGCAGAAAAACAUGCAAACAUUAAUGAUCUAGCGGAACACAUGCAAAUGGGUCUCUCAAAGCUUCUAGAAGCAACUGAAUCAGUGGCUCUUCUUGCUAAGCAACUAGCAGGGAAAGAAAAGGAGCUGGCAGUGGCAUCUCAUAAUGCUGAUAAGGUGUUGGGAGAGGUGACUGUGAGUGCGCAGGCAGCAGAAAGCGUUAAAAAUGAAGUCCAGGUAGUGAAAGAUAAAGCCCAGAAGAUUGUGGAUGAAAUAGCAGUGGAAAAAAUCUUUGCUGAGGAAAAAUUACUAGCUGCAAAGCCAGCACUAGAAGCUGCAGAAGCAGCUCUGAAUACUAUCAAGCCAAAUGACAUUGCCACUGUGCGUAAAUUAGCCAAACCACCUCACCUGAUAAUGAGGAUUCUUGAUUGUGUCCUGGUUCUCUUCCAAAAGAAAAUGGAUACAGUUACCAUGGAUCCAGAGAGGCCCAGUCUCAAGCCAUCCUGGGGAGAGUCUUUGAAGUUGCUGAGUGGUACUGGAUUUCUGCAGGCCUUGCAGCAGUUCCCAAAGGACACAAUCAAUGACGAAACAGUGGAAUUACUUUACCCAUAUUUCACAAUGGAGGAUUAUACAUUUGAAAAUGCUAAGAAAGUCUGUGGGAAUGUUGCUGGUUUGUUAUCCUGGACUCAGGCUAUGGCUGCCUUUUUUAGCAUCAAUAAAGAGGUGCUGCCUUUAAAGGCAAAUUUGGCAGCACAGGAAAACCGUCUCCAAGUUGCCAUGAAGCAGUUAGGAAUGGCUCAGGCCCAGCUGGAUGAUAAACAAGCCGAACUGGACACGGUGCAGGCAAAGUUUGAUGCUGCUAUGAAAGAGAAAAUGGAUCUACUAGAAGAUGCAGAAACAUGUAGAAGAAAGAUGGAAGCUGCUUCAGCUCUGAUAGAUGGAUUGAGUGGAGAAAGGAUCAGAUGGACAGACCAGUGCAAGGAGUUUAAAGCACAAAUUAUCAGGCUAGUGGGUGAUGUACUGUUGGCUACUGGAUUUCUUUCAUAUAGUGGCCCCUUCAAUCAAACUUUCAGAGAUAUACUCAUUAAAGUAAUCUGGGAAGUAGAGCUUCAGAAAAGGAAGAUCCCAUAUACAGAUGGAAUAAACAUCAUAAUGUUUCUGGUGGAUCAGCCCACGAUCAGUGAGUGGAACCUACAGGGAUUACCAAGCGAUGACUUGUCAGUUCAGAAUGGCAUUAUUGUCACCAAAGCAGCCAGAUAUCCACUUCUCAUUGACCCUCAGACACAGGGUAAAACUUGGAUUAAAAAGAAGGAGAAAAAUACUGAUUUACAGGUAACGUCCCUUAAUCACAAGUAUUUUCGUAAUCACCUUGAAGACGCUUUGUCACUCGGACGCCCUCUGUUAUUAGAAGAUGUGGGGGAAGAGUUGGACCCUGCACUGGAUAAUGUGUUGGAGAAGAACUUCAUCAAAAGUGGGACCACAUACAAGGUGAAAGUGGGGGAUAAAGAAACAGACAUAAUGCCUGGAUUCUUGUUUUACAUCACCACAAAACUUCCAAACCCUGCCUACACACCAGAAAUUAGUGCCAAGACAUCCAUCAUUGACUUCACUGUAACCAUUAAGGGUCUUGAGAAUCAGCUGCUUGGCCGAGUGAUCCUUACUGAGAAACAGGAACUGGAAGCAGAGCGUGUGCAACUGAUAGAGGAAGUCACUGCCAAUAAACGUAAAAUGAAGGAAUUGGAGAAUAACCUACUAUUUAAGCUCAGCACCACCAAGGGUUCACUCGUGGAUGAUGAGUCUCUGAUUGGUGUCCUGCAGAUAACAAAGUCGACAGCAACUGAAGUUAGUGAGAAGCUGCAUGUGGCAGCAGAGACAGAGAUAAAGAUUAAUACUGCACAAGAAGAAUACCGGCCAGCAGCCACUCGUGGGAGCAUCCUGUAUUUCCUCAUCACAGAAAUGAGCAUGGUCAACAUGAUGUACCAGACCUCACUGGCACAGUUUCUCAAAUUAUUUGACCAGUCCAUGGCCAGAUCUAAGAAAUCUCCUGUUGCUUCAAAGAGAAUCAUCAAUAUAAUUGAGUACCUGACUUUUGAAGUGUUUAAGUAUUCAGUACGAGGACUUUAUGAAACUCACAAGUUCCUUUUUACUUUACUGCUGCCUCUAAAGAUUAAUCUUGAGCGGGGAUACAUCAAGUACACUGAAUUUCAGACCCUAAUAAAAGGAGGAGCAGCUCUUGAUCUUAAGGCCAGUCCACCAAAGCCUUUCCGCUGGAUCCUUGAUUUGACCUGGUUGAACCUGGUAGAACUGAGCAAACUACCACAGUUUGCAGAAGUAUUGACCCAGGUAACUAAGAAUGAGAAAGCUUGGAAAAACUGGUUUGAUACAAACGCCCCAGAAUUGUCAACAAUUCCUAAUGGAUACAGUGAUUCUCUAGAAGCAUUUGGCAAGCUACUGCUCAUCAGGUCAUGGUGUCCCGACAGAAUUCUAUCCCAAGCUCGAAACUACAUUUCUGAAGCAAUGGGAUCAAAAUAUGCCGAGCCAGUGAUUCUACACCUGGAGACAACAUGGGAAGAAAGUGAUAUACAAACUCCUCUGAUUUGCUUCCUGUCCAUGGGAUCGGAUCCCAGCAAUCAAAUUGAAGGAUUGGCCAAAAAGCUUGAAAUUGUUUGUAGGGCAAUAUCAAUGGGUCAGGGACAAGAAGUACAUGCCAGAAAGCUGAUCGCGAUGUCCAUGCAACAGGGUGGAUGGGUCUUACUGCAAAACUGCCACUUAGGUCUGGAGUUUAUGGAUGAGAUGCUGGAGAUUGUGCUAACAAGCGAGAAUGUAAAUGAAUCUUUCCGAGUAUGGAUCACCACCGAGCCGCAUCCAAAGUUUCCGAUCACACUGCUACAGACUUCCAUCAAGUUCACCAAUGAACCUCCUCAGGGAGUGCGUGCAGGACUGAAAAGAACAUUUACUGCAAUCUCACAAGACCAAAUAGAAUAUUCCAACCUGCCCAUGUGGAAACCACUACUGUAUGCAAUUGCUUUUCUGCACACCACUGUUCAGGAACGGCGAAAGUUUGGUCCACUGGGUUGGUGUAUUCCAUAUGAGUUUAACUCCUCAGAUUUCACAGCUAGUGUCCAAUUCAUACAGAACCAUCUAGAUGACUGUGAUAAAAAGAAGGGUGUGUCAUGGAAUACUAUACGUUACAUGCUUGGAGAAGUUCAAUAUGGAGGGCGCGUUACAGAUGAUUUUGACAAGUGCCUCCUUAAUUGCUUUGCCAAGGUAUGGUUCAAUGAGAAAAUGUUUGAUUCCAAGUUCUGUUUUUAUACUGGCUAUAUUAUUCCAAUAUGUCCCAAUGUCGAGAGCUAUCUGGAAUACAUUCAGACUCUGCCUGUCACUGACACCCCUCAGGUGUUUGGCCUACACCCAAAUGCUGACAUCACGUACCAGAGUAACACUGCAGCUGAAAUCCUCGACAGUAUCACCAAUAUUCAGCCAAAGGAAAGUGGUGGUGGAGGAGGAGAGACUCGAGAAGCCACUGUUUAUAAACUUGCUGAGAGUAUGCUGAGAAAGCUGCCUAAAAAUUAUGUGGCGCAUGAGGUAAAAGCUCAACUCGUAAAAAUGGGAAUUUUGAAUUCAAUUAAUAUUUUCCUUCGACAAGAAAUUGACCGGAUGCAGAAGGUUAUUACAAUGCUUCGGAUCUGUCUGAGUGACUUAAAGCUGGCUAUAGAUGGGACCAUCAUCAUGAGCGAGAAUUUAAUUGAUGCCUUAGAUAACAUGUUCGAUGCUCGAGUCCCUGCGGGAUGGAAGAAGAUUUCCUGGGCAUCUUCUACAUUAGGAUUUUGGUUCACGGAGUUCCUAGAGAGAAACACACAAUUUUCCCAAUGGAUCUUUACAGGCAGACCCAAUGUGUUUUGGAUGACAGGGUUCUUCAAUCCCCAGGGGUUCUUAACUGCAAUGAGGCAGGAAGUAACACGAGCACAUAGAGGAUGGGCAUUGGACAGUGUCACUCUGCACAAUGAAGUAACAAAACUGAUGAAAGAAGAGAUCAAAAUGCCACCUCCGGAAGGAGUAUAUAUCCAUGGUCUUUACCUUGACGGAGCAGGUUGGGACAGAAGAAACACAAGACUGACUGAGCCCACUGCAAAGGUUUUGUUUACAAUGCUACCAGUCAUCUACAUAUUUGCCAUCAAUUCUACUGCACCAAAGGAUCCCAAGCUGUACAUCUGUCCAGUCUAUAAAAAGCCCCAACGUACUGACCUGAUGUUUAUUACUGCCCUCUGUAUGAAAACAGUCCAGUCACCUGAUCAUUGGAUCCUGAGAGGGGCAGCCCUGCUCUGUGACAUCAAGUAACACCAAUUGUCCAAGGAAAGUAGAGUGCAGAAAUAAUUUAAGUGUUUUUGAAAUUUGUUCAUUAGCAGUUUGCAUUUAUAACACUAUGAUUAUAGUAAACAGAAUUACAAAUAUUAUUAUAUUGUGCAUUAUAAAUGUAAAGAGAAAAGUACUGUUCUUUAUUUAAUAAAUUACAUUUUUGAACUGUA